CAGGGCAACAACGAUGUGUAUCAGUUCCUGUCAGGGGUCCCCAUUAACCCACAGACCAGGUUCCUGCAGCUGAGCCAGCCGGAUGUGAUGGAUGCCUUCCAGAAGGUGAUACAUUACAUGCGAUAUGCCCUAGCUAUAUAUGGAUGGCCCAUCUUUGUCAAGAUGCAUCCAGCGACCUGGUGUUGUAGACUCAUGCCUCUCAUUGGGUAAGUCUUUAGCAAUGAAGAUUUUCAUCUUUAACAAACAUGAAUGUAUUUCUAAUUGUAUAUUUUUUAUUCACGCAUUGUGGCUGACAUUAUUUGACGGUCUAUUAACUCGUAAAUAGUAAAAGUGAUACAUUUUAAUUAGAGUUACAAACAGACCUAUGCCUAUACUGAAUGCAUAAUUUUUUGAAUAAAAUAUGCUUGUCAUUUAAUUUAUUUUUACAUAAAAAAGCAAGAAUGAAUUAAACGAGCCCUACUCUCUGAGCAGUGUCACGUGAUCUUUGUAGCCUAUAUGAUUAUGAACACAGAGUUUCAUAACUGAAAAAAAAGUGAGAGUUAGAAAGAAUUUUAUUAAAACUCUUUAACUUUAAGUAACUUGAAAAAUAGAAAUUCGGGGAAAACCCUUUUUUAACAUUAAAAAAACAACAUCUAACAAGGUUUUUGUUUUUUAAAAAUAGAAAAGGUAAAAGCCCAUAACCUAAUUGAUGCAUUGGGCAGGAAGCAAUAAUUUAUUUUUUACUGGGCUGGCAAUUUAAAUAAUAACAUUGAACUUUGCCAGCUUACUUCCUCUGAGAGUUGGAAAAGGUCAAAGGACAGGAACAGGAAAUGAAAUUGUUGAAAAAUCCCCAAAGGAUUAAAUUUGAAAACAUAUCGCUUCUGCAACAUCUGUAUUCCUUAGGCCAAUAAUCGAUUCAAAAGCUUUUUCCAGCCAGAGAAAUAGAUGAGUGGGUUUUUAAAUAAGCUUUUGAAAUAAAAAAAAGAAGAAAGUUAAGUCUUCACAUACACGCACACAGAUACACAUGUGCAGAUGCUCAAAGACACAUGUUCAAUGUUCAUAUAUAAUUAAUUAUAUACUAGUAUUAGUAUAUAAAAACACAUUUUUUGUGUGUCUUUGAUCUGCCAAUAGAUAGAGCCAUGCAGAAUAUCUCUAACACAGUAGUUCUCAACCUUCCUAAUGCCGCGACCCUUUAAUACAGUUCUUCGUGUUGUAUUGACCCACAAACACAAAAUUAUUUUCGUUGCUAAUUCAAAUAACUAUAGACUAUAGACUAUAGAGUAUAUAUGUGUUUUUUGAGGUCUCAGGCGACCCCAGCGAAUAGGGUCGUUCGCUGCUCUAUCAUGCUCAUCACUUAUACUUUUAUUUGAUUAAUUAGUGGUUUAAAAACUAACAUUAUUCUUCUCAUCUCCCUAAUUAAAAAAAUAAUUUUAAGAUUAAAUUAAAUUGCAUCCAUGUGAGCCAGUACGCCGAGUACGCAUCCCCUAGUUUGGGAACCCCUGCAAUAAACUAUUGAAAUUUUAAGGUGUAAUAAAUCAUCAGUUUAGAAUCAACCCCCCCCCCCCCCCCAGGAAAUGAUACAAAUAAUAAUAACUUGAGCGUUACUGGCGGUACUGAAAUGUGCUGAGAGCAUUAUCUUACAGCAUGCUUUCACCUGUAUGUUCCUCCUCUCAACACCUCUGCCACCCUCUUAUACAGGUGCUGCUGUUGUAAAAAAGCCCAGAAAGGUGAGAUUGUGGAUGAUAACUGCUGCAUGUGUAACUUCAGUACAGCUCAGCCUACCAGUGGACUGGAUUCCCUAGAUGUGGUCUACUGCACUUACCAUGUAGCGGUAAGCCUCAAGGGUUCUAUAGUUUUAAUUAGCCCUACUCCCACAUAGGGAUCAUUUUUAAACUGGCUUUUUCCUGUAGUCUUCUGUCAGGCUUGGCACAUUUUAGCUUAGUCAUUGCACUGACUUUGACACAGCAGUAAGCUUUAUGCUAUCAGAUUGACUACACACAUAUGAUGACACAGCAGUAAGGUUUAUGCUAUCAGAUUAACUACACACAUAAUAUGAUGACACAGCAGUAAGCUUUAUGCUAUCAGAUUGACCACACACGUAUGAUGACACAGCAGCAAGGUUUAUGCUGUCAGAUUGACUACACACAUAAUAUGAUGACACAGCAGUAAGGUCUAUACUAUCAGAUUGACCACACACGUAUGAUGACACAGCAGCAAUGUUUAUGCUGUCAGAUUGACUACACACAUAUGAUGACACAGCAGUAAGGUUUAUGCUAUCAGAUUAACUACACACAUAAUAUGAUGACACAGCAGUAAGCUUUAUGCUAUCAGAUUGACCACACAUGUAUGAUGACACAGCAGUAAGGUUUAUGCUGUCAGAUUGACUACACACAUAUGAUUACACACAUGAGCUUGGCUAACAUAAUUGUCCUUGGACCAUUUCUCUAGCAUAUAUUCUGACCAUAACGUUAUAAAAGCCACUAUUGUCAUUGAAGAAUGAUACAUUUUUACUGAAGCCAUAUCAGUAAUUAAUUGAUAUUGUUUACUAUAAAUAAAUAAAUAUCACCAUUAUAAAGUAUUUAAAAGCAACAGAAAUAAUUCUUAAUUGUUACAAUCUUAAAGGACGGAUAUUAAUGUUUAAAAAUACCUAUUUGAAUGGCCGCACAAUUAUUCUAUAAAUUAGAAAAAUAAUAGCAUUUAAGAAAUACAGUGCAGAGAUUACUUUUAUUUUAAUUUUCUCACAUUUGUUUGUUUUCCCAGUCUACAGCAAAAAAAAAAUGUAUUUAUUAAUUAUAAACUCUAAUGAAAUUAACAACUCAUCUGUAAUAAUUAAAGAGUGAGGCUAAGCUUGAACUAAGAUGGAUAAAUAUAAUUUCUUAUAAAUCUCUGGAAUCAACAGCCAAUUAGUGUGACAUGAAAGAGCCUACAUGUAUUUUCUUUUAAAACCAUUUCCCAGGUAACAGCAACCAAGGUGCAAAAUUUUCUUGGUAAAAUUGUGUUUUAAUGUGAUCAGUAACAGAUCAAGUUGUAUUUGUACUAUAUAAUUUGUAAGGCUGUUACAGAGAUGGGCAUAUAUUUAAAAACAACGGCUGUUGCAUAAAUAUAAUCACAAAACCACCUCCACCCCUACAUUAAGUGGACAUUUAAUUGAAGGCUGUAAAUUUUCAAGCAUGACAUGGCAGUGCUAGGUUCAUUGUUACAGGCAUCCUGUAAAAUUGUGUGUUACGCGAGUGCUUAAAACUUAGAUUUGAGUUUGUCAACCCUUUCAGAUAGGUGAGACCCCGUUCUUUGUGGCUCUGGAUCAUGAGCAUAAAAAAGUUGUGGUUGCUAUCAGGGGGACGCUAUCAUUACAGGUAAGAAAUCACACAUAUGAGGGUUGAAAGGUCAACUAGUUAUCUAUUUCUUUGACCAGAGAGUAGUUCUUAUCAUUAAGUAUAUUGUUUAAAACUUAUAAUAAUAAUAAUAAUAAAGUUUAUUUGAAAAACACACUUCAUCCCCAAAAGCUUGAAGCGCUGUACAAAGUCAACCAUAUUAAAAAGAGAAAUAAAAAAAAAUCUAAAAUUUACCACAUUUAUAAACAGACGCAACACUAUAAAACUACAUACAAGCAUACCAAGUCAAAGUCUUUCAUCCCAUUUCAACCGUAAGCAAACCAUUCCAAUAUACAUUAACUGAAAAAAGAUGGUAGAUAGCAUCACCUCAGAAGGUGUUUGUGAAAUAGAUGUGUUUUUAAAUUGGUUUCAUUGACAGAAGUGAACAGGAUGGCUAGAAACUUGAUUGUCUUUCAGGGUCACAGAUGAUUUAAAUAAACGAAAUAUGAUUAGUUAUCAUGUAUUAAUUAUUCCCAGGAUGUACUCACUGACCUGCAGGCUGAACCUGAGACCUUGCCCUUGGCCUCUCCACAGGAUGAUUGGCAAGGACAUAAGGUAGGGAUAAAAAGAUGUUCGUGUGGUAGUUCAUCUUUUCGCCAAAGCACUUUUAGCCAUAACACCUUUAGCCGUAACACUUUUAGCCAUAACACAUUUAUAUUAUUUAAAAUAGAUUUUCUGUUCAAACUUUAUGCGCUAUUUAAAAAAAAAAUGAAUAGAUUAAGGAAUCUACUCAGUCAUAAUUUUAACUGAAUUUUAUAGCAUACAAAAAUGAUGGUAGUACUGUAAUUAGGUGAGUCAUAGCUCAAACACUACACUAUAGGUGAUAUUCAUGAAUGAUUAUUGAGGGCAUUGCUAGACAUUUAUCAGGAUUGCUGUUGUUUAUAAUUAUGGCAACAAGCUCACACCCCCCCCCCCAAACCUUGAUGUGGUUAGAAAACUAUUUAUGAUCUACAAGUUUGUUUACUCUUGUCUGUUUAAAUCCAGGGAAUGAUUCAAGCUGCAGUGUACAUCAAGAAGAAACUGGUGGAUGAUGGGAUACUACAGAUGGCUUGGGAGAGUGAUGAGGUAGGUUUCACUACAUUUUUAAAAAAAAUAAUUGUCAUUAGAAAUGAAAUGCUGCAAAGAAGUCUAAAAAUAUUACUCUAAAAAAAAAAAUCUAAAUUUUAACAAUCAUUAAAAACCACUUAAAAUAUUAAUUUGAAAUGAAAAUUUUAAUUUAAAAAAACAAAAAAAUAAUUUAAAAAAAUAAACAACAGCAGCACAACUCUUUAACAAAAAAUGCAUUCUUAUAUUUCAUAUUGGAUUAUGAUAUUAAGUCUCAAACUCCAUCACAAAAUAUAAUGGCAAUGCUUUACAGGGUUUGAGAAUCAGUGCAAGUUUAUUUUAGUUGUUUACCACCAAGACCAGCUUAGAGUGUAGAUUGCGUAUUUAAAAUUUAAAAUGCUUUUGUGUCUAUCAGAAGAUUGUUUGCUUGUUGGACAAACAAGAUUUGCAUGAUCUGGUUUAAAAUAAAAAUCUGUGAGCAUUUUGAGGUUUUCUUAAGUGGCUUCAUUUAAAAGUUUGUCCAUUUCUUGACUAACUUGUGUAAUACCUUUUACAGUGUGAGUUACCUAGUCAAUAGCAGUAAAGAUCUGUAGCUAGUGUACCUUGUUUAAUAUCAUGGAACUUACUAUCAUAGUUAACUGGAACUUUUUAGUUUAUAGCACUGUAAAUGUUAAUUUAUAUACAGCUUAAUUAAAGAUAUCUCUUGUAGAAAAAAAAAAUUAUAAUUGAUGCUUAAAUUGAUAUUUCUUCUAUCUUUAAUUCAUAUGAAAAUAUUACACUAAAAUGACAGUGUUUGUAGUAAGUGAUUGUUACCUAAUCUACAAUGGUUGCAUCCUGUCCAGGGUUAUACAAAAAGCUCUGACUGGUUGAAAUCGGUAAUUCCUAUUCGUCUUGUUUCCUCUGUACCCUCACGCUGUAGCAUCCCACAUCACAGGAAUAAUUUAUAGUAUCUAUUAGCAAUCUUGUUGCCUUUAAAAUUAUUAUUAUUUCAUUUUAGACUUAAAUUUUCACUAUAAGCAAAUAUACACCAAGUAAUAUAAUAUAAAAUGCAAAACAUAAGAACUGGGUCUAUAAUAAUAAUAGGGCAAAUGACUCAACAACCUUCAAGCGUAAAUAAAAGAAAUAAAUUGCUCAUGAAAUUAUCAUAGCCUAAUAAUAAAUAUGAUCGUUAAAACUUGUUUUGUUUAUUGAUUGUGUUAUUUAAAAAGGAUAUUUGGCAUAUAUUAAUCCUAAUUAUGACCAUAUCCCUUAUGGGAGGGCUUCUCAAACUUUUCAUUUUUUCAAAGAUUUAUCACAUUGGGGCAGAAACCAGUGUCCGAUUCAUUAUUGUUUUUUACACACCACCUUUAAGUUUUUUUUCCUUUUGCAGUUUGGGGAUUGAACACUUGCUUAGAUGACUACUUUGAAAAGCAUUGCCUUAUGACAGUGGUCGGCAAAUCGUGGUUUGCUAUGGCGGUUCUUUAGUGACCAGAGUGGGGCUCGGCCAGUUGGCCACAAAUCUGCCUUGACUCCGAAAAACAUGAUUCCUGACAGGUUCUUGAAAAGAAAUUCGGCUCUCAAAAAUGUUUAAUCAUCCUGCUGCUGAUUUUUGGCUCUUUUGACUAAUGAGUUUGCCGACCACUGCCUUAUGGGCUUAUGUUUUUAUAUUGCUACGGGUGGUGGCCAUAUCAUUGAAUGCUGUAUAUGGUGCCCUAUUUUAUUUCUGUGUAGGCUAUUGAUGUUUUAACUGCCUUACUUGUGUUUUUCCUGUAUCUUCCUCUGUCCCACAAGAAAAUCAAUCCCUUGCUUACAUAAUCAAAACAGUAUCAGGAAUAACACACCCCAUAAAUUCAAAAAUAAAUACAUCAAUACUCAAUAGUCUGUUGUUAUAUAAUUGUUAUAAUUUUGUGUUAUUUUCUACCAAUUAAAAGAUGUUACAACAUAAAUACUUAUUAAUACCCCAAGAGUGAUUUUGUCGACAUUUGGUCAAUAGUCACAGAUAAGAUGUUUAAAAUCUCAUUCUCUAGAUGAAAGAAAGAAUUAAAAGAAAUAAUACAGCUUAAUAUCUUCUUUAUAAUUAGCAAUAUGUUUGCUAACCUCAUGUCAUUAGACUUAGUUUAGUGAACACAUUGUUUGAUUUAGACUUUUUCUGUUUUCUUCUCUAUGUUACAUUAUUAUGCAAUCUGCCCCUGCUGCUUGAAUGUUGCUCCCCUAAUCAAUCUGAUAAUCAAUAUAAAGGGAAUUUCAUUUUAUCAUCCAAUUAUUUAAAAUCUGUUCACAAAAAGUUGUAUAAAUUAAUAUAAAAGUGAUAUUUUUUCCCAUGUUUGGUUUAUGGGACAUUUUUAAUGUUACUUUACACUCUACCAGCUGUUUGUAAGAAUGGAAGUUUGAUGUAUAGCUCCUUAUGGUAAAUUAUUUUAUUGAAAGGACAACAAUUAACGUGACUAUUUUUAUCCAAAAAAUUAUCAAUUGUUUGACCAUUUGAUUGCACUUAUCUUACGUACAAAACAUGAAGUGAGAAACUCUCCAGACUGUGGCCCUUUAAAACUUUUUUGAAUUUUCUUAAAGGGCGAAAUCUUGUGCCAUCAGCUCAGUGAUUGGUUGAUUGGGAGGCCCAAUCAAGGGUUUUAUAUGAUUAAAAACUCUAUUUUCAAAGAAAAUUUAGAAAAUAUUUUCCCCAAAAAAUCUACACAAUUGGAUGGUUGAAUUUUAAAGGUCACUUUAUGAAAAUAUGAAAAUUAUCCAAUAAAACUAUAAUGUGUUAAGCUUUGCUAAUCUUUGUUUUUAUUGCUUUUUUUUUUUUGGUUUGUAUUUUAUCAUGAUUUUCAUCAAAUUAUGUUAUUAAGUAUAGAAAUAAAUAGAUCAUUUACACCAAUUGAAGUGUUAACUGAAAUAAGCUACAUCUACAAAGCUCUUUGAGGCCCCUCAAAAAUGUUAAUGCAUGAUCAAAGGGUUCCUUUCUACUUGUAUGUUGUUGGAACUACUAAAUACUUUAAGAUAACUAGACAGUUCUAUUAAAAUUUAUGAUUAACAUUUCAUUAAUCCUUAUUUGAAAAUAAAACAGCUUAAUGCUAUAGGAAUAUUUGAGUACUUUAAAUCAUAAUAGCAAUUAUAAUUACUGAAAUGCACACACCUAAAAAAAAAUGUUAGCAUCAAACAAUCUAAAUUCGUUUUGCCACACAAGUUGUCUCUCUGUUUGAUUUCUGUUUCAUUAGUAGAAAAAUGACAACUUUUACAAUUAUUUUGACUUCUUUUAAUCUUUGACACAACAGUACCCUUGUCUAUAUGAUUAUGUUGUUUCUGAUCAGGAGAGAGAUGCAUCCAAGUAUGAGUUGGUGCUGGUCGGCCACUCAUUGGGAGCUGGUACGGCUGCCAUCCUGGCCAUACUUCUACACGCGGACUAUCCGACCCUUCACUGUUA